AGCAGCCUCAGCACCCCCUGGGAGGCCGGUAGAAGUGCAGAUUCCUAGGCUUCAUCAGCCCUAUUGAAUCAGAAUCGCUGGGGGUGGAGCCCAGCCGUCGUGUCCCGAGUCCUGCAGGGAUUCUGAUGGCGUCUAAAGUUUGCGAGGAGGGGUUUAGGGGAGAGAUGCUGGCAGUGGGCAGUGGGGCUGGGCGGGAGGGUUCCCAGGGUCCUUGGGAGGCGGAAUCGAAGGCCUUGGCCGUUGAGUGUGGAGGGGUGAGGGUGAGGCUGAGAUGAGGGGGAGGUGGCUGCAGGCUUCGGCUGCGGUGGCUGCCAACCUCCAAUCAGCAGGCCCCUCCGUUCCUUGUCCCCCCUACCCUCGCACCAGUGGGUCUUCCAGCCCCUCCCGUGAGCACCUGCUCCCCACCUCCCUCCCCUCCUUACUGCCCCACGCAGCCUCCCUUCUUCACAAACAAGCCGUCAGGUAGUUAGGGCGGUUUCCACAGCAAUUGACAUCAGCAGUCUGGUCCCCGGGGAGCCCGGCACCCUCCUGCCCGCGGGCAGCGCCUCCCUCACCGCCUCUUGGAGGAGGAGAAGCGGAGGCAUUGGGGGCCUCCCACGCCCAUUUUGAGGACCGGCCCGGAGGGGAGGGGCCGGGAGGGCCGGAGGUAGGCGGGGCGUCCUCGGGCCCGUGGCCCCGGCGGCCUGGCAGUCGGGCUCCUGGGCAGCGGCGGGGCGGCAGCAGCACGCAUGGCAGAGGACGCGCCGAAGCAGCCGCAGCUCAGCAUGCCGCUGGUCCUCGACCACGACCUGACCAGGCAGAUGCGGCUGCGCGUGGAGAGCCUGAAGCAGCGCGGCGAGAAGCGCCAGGACGGCGAGAAGCUGCUGCGGCCGGCCGAGGCCGUGUACCGCCUGGACUUCGUCCAGCAGGACAGGCUGCAGUUCGAGCGCUGGGACGUGGUGCUGGACAAGCCGGGCAAGGUCACCAUCACGGGCACCUCCCAGAACUGGACGCCCGACCUCACCAACCUCAUGACCCGCCAGCUGCUGGACCCCGCUGCCAUCUUCUGGCGCAAGGAGGACGGGGACGCCGAC